CGAACAGCCCCGGGUGAGUCCCAAGCCUCUGGCUGGCUCCCUCCCUCCAUCUCCCCACCAGCUGAGGACCAUAACAGCCUCCAUUCUCACUUGCUUCACGGCCACUCUGGGGCCCUGGAGUGGGGGACACGUCCUCAGACAAACAAGCCACUCAGCCACUGAGAGGAGCACCCUACAAGAUGCGGGUCAGCUCGCGGGUGCGCACCGAAUGCGGGCGCGCCACAAGCCCGGGCCAUAUGUCCUGCCCGGGCGCACAUGGAAAGUGAAGACCGGGACAGGCAGAACGAAAGGACCCUAGUCUGGCUCCUGAGCACGACCGGAGUCGGCCUGCGCGUGCCAGAAAAGUUCGGGCGCCUGGGCGCAGCGGCGCCCCAGGCCACUUCCAUUCCCCGCCGGUCUCGGGUCCCCACCUCCAACGGCCGCAGCCCCCUCACUUGCCUGCGCUGUGAGAUCCGGACCGUGAGAUCCGCCUGGGCCUCCGGGCGCUGGCGAGGACUGGGCUGGGCCCGGCUGGACUGGGGCUCCGUGCCCCGCCCCGCCUCUCUCCGCCGCCAGUGGGGAGGAGCUGCCCCGCACCCCGAGACCUCCAGGGAGCGCUGAGGUCCGCUCCAGACCCCAACCACGAGCCAGGUGUGAGUGGUUCACAUUUACUGGAAGCAACGCUGGUUCGCAGAGGAGGACGAAACCCAAACUCACUGGAAAAAAAUAACUUCUUUCAAUGAAUUCCAGACUCCACCCCAGUAAGAAGCUCUAUUUAUGCGUCAUCAGUGCCUACAUACCAGCGAUUUGCGCUAGGGGCUUUAGAGCUAGUCCUGUCGUCUUAAAAGUUGUUAUUGGGUUUGUUUUUGUUUGUUUGUAUUCUGGGUAAAAGUACGAUGUCG